UCAAUUGAGAAACAACGCAGGAAACUUCGUAUAUUAUCCUCAUCCCAUUUACUUGGCCUACUUCUGUUAAAGUCUCCUUUAUAGUGGUUGCUUAUGUUAGGUAAGUCCGCGCGAAAUUGGCCUUAAAGAGAGUUGGUCUAUUCAAAAGAACAUUUGAAGUAUAUCUCUGUUAGCUCAUGUAAAGUGGCUGGCCCUUCUUGGAUUUUGGACUCUCUACCGAAUAAAAUGUCAUAUACUUUAGUAUUCCACAUCUUCAUCUUAUCCAUCAUUCAAACAGCCUCCUCUUCCCAACGUGAGCUUCCGCUAUCGCAGGAUCUAUGUGUAUCCCAAGACUUCCCAAACCAACAUGCUCAGCAAUACCCAACACUUGUUAGCGGGAAUUUGAACGGAACUAUCUUAAUAGUACCGAUACCUCUUGAUACUGCGCGGCAGAUCAUUCCUAAGGAGUAUGGAAUUAUCGAGAACGCGUAUAGAACGUUGCUACCUUCGUUCCCUGAUGGAAUGUACCCAAUGAUGGCACAGAUCGUACACGAUCACGAUCUCCAACUGCCCGCGUACAACGCUUCCUUACCGGACUUCUCGCGUGCUUCUCUUGAGUUUCCGUUCUUGGACAUAUUUGGCGGCGGUCGCACCCCCUUUCGUUGGGCAGCGACUUUUAUGAUCACGGCGGAAAACGAGAUGGCCAUCGAGGGAGCAGAGAGCUAUGGCGCAGAAGUCUACCCGUCGGCGUUUGACCCGCCUUGCGACGCUUACGGAACGUUACCCAGCGGCUCCACCACGUACGCGCGUAGCUGGAGUAACAGCAACGAGGCGCAGGGCGGUAUCAGAUUCAUGACCAUCGAGGCGGUACCGUCCCCUGGGAACGUGCCGUACCCCAUGGACUUCAUCGCGAACGUGACUAACCAGCCCGUCUUUGCGAACACCCGAGUCUGCGACUACUACACGAGAUUGUUCAACACGACGCUGUCGAGUUCCGCGGAGCCAGUCGUCGGGAGCGUCAGCGCGAACCUGGAACCUUUUAACAAACCCCGGACUUGGAGCGGCGUGUACGGCUGGCGACUGGCUACGCCAUUUCUAGAGCCCCCUGUGCUUACCGAGUGCAAGCAAACGCCGUAAUUCGUGGCACAAGGCCUGUCACUUGUUCCUACAUCCGCCUGUCUUAAGACCCUGGGUGGUACGGGCCAGAUGGCAGAGACACGCGCUCGCAAUUAACUGCCUAGGUUAACAGUGUCUGUUAUUUAGCUGUGAUCAGGGCCAGCAGUGAG